AAAGCUCUCCUUCCAAAGACUCGCUGCCCAUGCCUCCAGUGCCAAGGGCAACAGGCACCACACCAUGCCACGCCGCAAAAGCUUUGCCGUGCUACUCCCAGCAUGGCUCCAUCUCCAGCAUAAGCCGCCUGCAAGAUGGAGAACUUUGAGUACAGCAUCCUGCUGAAUGACAGGGACUGGGCUGAAUUCUACUUGGCCUCUGAGGAAUGCAGCUUGAUUCCGCCAGCCUUGGCCACCGCUGAAGAGCAGGUCCUCAGCGACCUUGAGGAAGGGGAGGCCGAGGAGAACAGGUUGAUCCGAGUGAGGGUGGGCCCUGUCCCGCCUGUCCCAGUGCACAACACAGCCAGCUGCCUUUCACACGGAGUCCCGGAUGCAUGCCUGUUUGCAGAAGACGUUUUGUCUGGCAGCGAGGACGAAACCGAUCUGGGCUCGGUCAGCAGAUUUCUGUGUGGCAGCAACAACCUCCCAGCUAGUGCAGGUUUUCCUCAGUCUUCCUGUCCUGGGGAAUAUCAGCUGCCCUGCGCUGCUCCGAAACUAUUGCAAGGCCAGUGUGGGGAGGCAAGACCGGUUGCAGGACUGGAAGCUGUGUUUGCUACCAAAGAAGGAGAACCAGAGAGAGGACAGAGGCCCAUAAAUUCAGACUGUCCAUCAACCGUGGAGGCAGCUUCUCCCCUCCAAGAGGAGAACCUGCGGGAGCAAAGCCCUGGGCAUCAGGGGGCAGAAAUACCUGGUUGUCCUGUAGGUAUAAGCCUGGAGGCCACAGAAGGGAUGGAGCACCCUGCGGGAGAAAAGGAAAAUGCUCCCCUCUCUUCAGAGUUACAGCUUCCUAAGGAGGAGAGUGUCUCUGUGGAUGUCCCACUUCCAACAUCCAUAGAGAACACGGCAGUUUUGGGAAAUGCAGAACCCCUUGCUUACCCAAGUUCCGUGUGCUUUUGCUCUCCCCUGGCUCCAGAACUUGGAGGAACUGAAGACCCAGAGAAGAGUGCCAAGCCCCUCCAGGUGGUCUUGACAGCAGAGGCAAAACCAUUCCAGGAAAAAAAGCCUUCCUUGUUUCAAGAGCAUUUGGUUCUGGCUGGAAAGGCCUUGGUGUCACUGGAUCCGCUGUCCGAGAGUCACACGGAAACCCCUCCAGAGAGGGUGAGCCAGAGAGAAAAGAGUGCCAUGGAUCUCAAGGAGGGCAAAGAUGGUAGGAAGGAUGUCAGCUCUUCCAUCCUGGAAGGACGCCAAGCUGACCAAGGGAGGCUCUCUACCUGUGAUAAGGUGGAGCAGCCAUUUCCAGGUGGACUAGAAGGAAACAUGCCUCUAAACCCAACACAAGCAGCUGCUUCCAGCUGUGAGAAGACUUUGGAUAAGCACAGAGAAACAGCUGCAUCAGCAGGAAUGGCAGAGGACGGCAGAGGCAAAAAACACAGUCUCCAUCUUGGUAUGGAUGCAUCCGUUCAAGAAGGACCUUAUCCUGUAAUUGAAGGAGGCAGGAGAUCUGAAUUUGGGAGGAAACCCAUUCUCUGUGGCCUGACAGUAGAAGACUCCCUGGAGAGUCAUUUAACUGACUUGACGUUGGCAGAGAUGUAUGACUGUUUUUGGGGGGAUGAUGGCAAAGAGGAAGGAGGAAAGGUGGGGGACGGACAUCCAUCCUCCUACACUGCCACAGAACUACCCGAGAUGGAUGGUCCUGAAAUGUAUGAAUAUUUCUUCAGUGAAAUGGACGUUGCGGAAGAGGGUCUGAGGGACGAAGCCUCUGAGACAUUCCUCAGCUCUGACCACCAGUCAGCUCCACCUAGUGGUUCAGAAGACCUAAGCUCAGAGGUGGCCGCUGGCGCCAUGGCUAUAUCCAUCCCGGAGGUUUAUGAACACUUUUUUGCCAGCGGCACAAGGGACAGGAGAAGCUGGAGGGGGUUCCUCCUGAGUGUGCCCGCCGCAGAGGCAAAGAAGGCCGCACGGGCUUUAAAAUCCCUCCUACGCAGACCUGCAAGCCGCCUCCGAUCCCAGCCCAUGAGCCCUGGGGCUCUCUUACGGAGAAGUUCCCAGGGGAAAUUAGUGCUGCUAUCUCCCAGGCUUUUAGAUGAAAGCCGACUAAGACCACAAGAUGGAAGGAUGACUGUGAUGCAACCAGAGAGACCCCUGUCCAUCCAGCCAGUUCUCACGCCCAGAGACAUGUGCUUGGGCUUUGUGGCAUUCGCUGCGUGGGCUGUGAAGACAUCAGACCUGCAGGCCCCGGAUGCGUGGAAGAUCGUGUUGCUGGCAAACUUUGGCUCCCUCUCAGCCAUCCGCUACUUCAGGCGGCAGGUUAUCACGGAAGGAUGGCAUGGAACCUAAGAGACGCUGGCCACCUCCACCAAAAGCUGGUUGGAUUGCUGGGGAUGAUUUGGAGAAAGCCCAUGUGUUCUUUGAAGUUAGGGAACUGUCUUUUGCUGUCUUGUCUUCCUGGAAAACCAAACUCAUGGAUAUACUGUAUGUAUAUAACACCCUACCCGUGAAAAGAGGAAACGAAGCAAAGACAAAGAUGGAAUUAUGCACGGAAAGUUAUUUCCAGCUUUUCUGCCCCUACACAACCAGAGAGGCAACAAUCCCCAAAGCUCCCAUUUCUUCUCUCUUUCUCCAUCAGGAAUUUAUCUUGAACCCAUGGAAGGAGGUGGACUAUAAAUAAAUAACCCAACAACCGUCUCCUUCGUAACUAGCUGGACAGCUGCAUGCAAGAGACACACACCAGCUAAGGAGAAACUGGAAGGCGUUACCCUUUAUAGAGAAGGACACUGGAAAAAUUCAGAGACAAGUUUCAUGUUCUCUAAAAGCAAAACACAAGUCACUAGAAGGAAGUUGUGAUGGAAUAGGGUGUCAGUGAGAGACGACGGAUGCCAGAACAGAGGCAUGUUGCAAACAGGGACAGCUUUAAAUCAACAGUUCAUAUCUGGCUACAAAGUCAGAGGUUGAGAGUUCAAUUCCCCACUGUGCCUUUCUGACAGGGAACUGGACAUGACGGUUCAUAAGGUCCCUUCCAGCUCUGUAGUUCUAAAAUUAAGAUGAUGAUUAAAAAGAAGAACCGAAGUCCACUAUGUCACCUGAGGAUUGAAACUUCAGGCUUAAAGGAAAGGUUUCAGAGGGGGGGAAAUUGGCAUGUAAGCUCCUUUGGAAGAUUCUGAAGUGUCUAGAAGACAUAACCAUUUUCUAUACAAAAUAAGAGUUACAUAAUAGACAUGUUUAUGCUUGGAAGAAAUUGUGUAUUAGUACUGGCCAACAUUUUCAACAUUAAGACGUCUGUCCUUUUUUGCAGUAGCAUAUGUGACUUUGACAAAACAUACUGACCUUUCAUUACAGAAGAAAACAGGCAGAAAAAAAAAACAAUUGGGCCCGUGGAACAUCAUAGCCACAUGUUCUCUGAAGGCAGCUGUUACGACAAGCUAUAUCAUUUGUACAAAAGGUGCAGAUCUGGACCUGGAGUUAUACAAAGAAGCUUUGGAUUGGUGAAUGUCCUCAUUCCUGGGGUGGCAGGAAGCUGCUGAUGUAAUAAAGGUGUCUAAGGAAGAAUUCUGUGUUACUUGGAAAAGUUUACAAGUUCCUGUGCUGAUGGAAGGAAAGCCAAUGAAACUUACGUCUCUACUUGCUUUGUGUUUGUGUGUUUCUCAGCCCAGCCUUCUGUGGUGUGCAUUCAACUCUUAGUGUCUUCAGGACUUUAAAAUUUGCCUGUCUGAAUCCUGACAUCUCAGCAAGAAAAUAUAUGGAAAGGGCUUUGAACAGUGCAGUACUGAUGUCCGUUCCGUAGUGUAUUUGGUUGAGCUAAGAUAAUAAAACUUAAGUACUUGA